UAGAAAAUGUGCAAUGAUAAACUGCUCCAACAGUGGAAAGGGAUUGUCCUUCUUUUCGUUUCCCAAGGAAAGAAAAAGGAGAAUGAAAUGGCUCAUAAACAUGAGGCGAAGUGACCUCAGACACUCCAUGUCACACGAGGAGUUAAUGCAGGGGGGCUACGUUGUCUGUGAACUGCAUUUUGAGGAAUGCUUCCUUAAAAAACACAAUGGAAAGGUGGCACUCACCAGAGAUGCCAUCCCCACACUGGUGGAUUGCGACAACCCGCCACCACUUGCCUCCCCACCUCUUAAAAGGCGAAAAAAAAAAGAAGCUAAGCAGAGUCAAUCUGAGGAAGAAGACAGGUAUAUAGACACAGAGGGAGGGACAGAGAAAAGCACAGAGGAGACAGCUGAAAUUAUACCGGAAAGGACAGAGGAGACUCUAGAGACAACAGUUGAAAUGGAGGAAAGGACAGAGGAGAGCGCAGAAGGGACAGUAGAGUCAAAUGGAGGCACCAAAGAACAGGCUGAGGCUCAGGUGACAAUUCUGCACAGCAGUCUCCAAAAGAAGGACCAGGUGAUGUUCUGAGCUUCUUCAAUUUCAAA